UCCAAACGUUCGCGACUAGGAACCCUAACUUUUGUUCGCGGGGUUAGCCGGAGCGCAGUCGGCCAACAACCUCUACGAGACGCCUUCGCAGCCAGACACUGGCGGCCACGCGUACACUUUCCUCGAGUUCAACCCCCAGGACGACUUUGUCGACUACAUGGAGUUCCAGGAGCUCUCGCAGCCCUCCCGAUCCCCCGCUGGGCCCCAUCCCCCGCCACCGCCCGAGCCCGCGCCGGACUUCCCAGCAUCCGAUCUGCAUUCUCCUGAGCCCACCUUGUCGCCUUCCGCAUCGACUCCCCUCGGCGGUCCUUCCUCGUCCUCCAAGGCCAUGGGGGCCGCUGGUGGGCAGGCGGCUGCCGCGGCGGUUGAUACCCUGGCGGCUGGGAUGAGCGAGAUUAACUUCGAGGAGACUGGGGAUGAGGGUUACGAGUUUGGCCAGGGCAAUUUUACGGAGCACGCGUGCGGGUAUUGUGGGGUGCAGAAUCCGGGGUGUAUCGUUAGAUGCAACAUUCCGACGUGCAGGAAGUGGUUCUGUCAGUUGUGGGGGAACGCAUGGGGUUCUCAUAUUGUGAAUCAUGUGGUGCGAGCAAAGCACAAGGAAGUUUUGCUCCACAAGGACAGUCCACUAGGAGAGAGUAUCCUUGAAUGCUAUAAUUGUGGUUGCCGAAAUGUUUUACUUCUUGGAUUUACUUCUGCUGCAACUAGAAGUGGCUUCGUUAUCUUGUGCAGAGAACCUUGUUUGAAUGUCAAUGUAUUAAGGGGCAUGAAUUGUGAUCUUAGUCAAUGGCGUCCAAUCAUUGAUGAUGGAUGUUUCCUACCAUGGUUUAUUAAGGUACCUUCAGAACAGGAACAGCUUAGAGCAUGGCAAAUAAGUGAUGAGCAAAUUAACAAACUUGAAGAGUUAUGGAAGAAUGAUGAACCACAACCUGUUUCAUUGACUCACGAGGAAGAGAAUGAACUCAGACUUCUUUUGGAAGAUGGUUUACAUCUGCUACACUCUGAUGACAUGGUUCGGCAAUAUCUUUUGGACAGACUUCUCAGCUCAAAAGCCACCUACGAAGCGCAAACACGGUUCACUUUCACUUGUGAACUAGAAGAUGACAGUGAUGAAGAUGAUGACUAUGUAGAUGAUCCUCAGAAAACUCCCGACAAGAAGGAUGAUCAUGUAGAUAACCCAGAUAACAACUAUGGUGAUGGGCCAGGAGCAUCUAAUAGUUAUGAUGGUGGAAAGGGAGAUGGUGAUGAAGGCUAUGACUAUGGAGAUGAAGAAUAUAUACAAGGAUGAUAUUUGAUUUUGGAAACACCGAUCAAACCUUUUUCCCACUCUUUCAUCUAUUUUUAAAUGAAUUUUUGCUCGAGUUUUUUUGCAUGAAUUUGAGAAAAACUAUAUCUGAUUGUUUUUUUUAAAAAAAACUAUUAACUGUUCUUGAA